CAUUCGAGCCCCCCUUUCCCGACGCUGAGCGCACCCAAGAUCGGACAGCAGCGACGGCCACGAGCCGCGAAAAGGACUGCGACUCGACGGAGCGCUUUCUCCCCGGGCCCGCUGCGCCGAGAAGCACGGAACAGGCCCCAGCCUCGCGCGGCUGGGAGGCGGAAGACAGUUGCCGGUGGAAGAAAUGGCGCUGAGAUUUCUCAGGUCGCUGCGGCGACGGCGGGAGGACCAUGUGGUACCGGACUCGGGGCCCGAUCCGGACGGAUCAGCCGGCUCGAUCGAGGCGGACUCGACCGGUUUUGCAUCGCUGAAGCAGUUCGAAAAGAUGCACCGAUUAGACCCGAACCUGCCGCUGGAUGAACUGGAGGAGGUCGACAUCGCGCUGAACUCGGCCAAUGUCGAGAAAGAGGCCGAGAUCGAGCAGAUCCUGGCCGAGGAUAACUCGCCAUACCCAGAAGUGCGAGCCUCGGUACGGAAUUUCGACGUCGACAUGCCGGUGAACACAAUCAGGGCUUGGGCGAUCGGGUUGUUCCUGUGCACCGUUGGGUCUGCCGUCAACAUGCUGCUCUCACUCCGAAACCCCAGCAUCGCCCUCACGACUUUCGCUAUCCAGCUCAUUGCGUACCCCUUGGGCCUGCUCUGGGACCUGAUCUUCCCCGACCGCGUCUUCAACCUCUGGGGCCUCAAGUUCAACUUCAAGCCGGGGCCGUUCAACUUUAAGGAGCACGUCAUCAUUGUGGUCAUGUCAAAUGCUGCCUACGGCGGCGGCGCGCUGUAUGCGACGGACGUUAUCAUCGCCCAGCGGAUGUGGUACCACCAGGACUUCGGGUGGUUGUGGCAGAUUAUGUUUGGCAUCACGACGCUCUGCACGGGCUACGGAUUGGCCGGGCUGGCGAGGCGAUUCCUCGUCUGGCCCGCCGCCAUGAUCUGGCCAACAGACCUGGUCAACUGCGCGCUGUUCUACACCCUCCAUGAUCAUUCGCGCACCGAUCCGACGAGGGCCAACGGCUGGAGCAUCAGCCGCUACAAGUGGUUCAUGCUGCUUUUCUCCGGCGCGUUCCUGUGGUAUUGGUUUCCCGGCUAUCUCUUCCAGGGCCUGUCGUGGUUCUGCUGGCUCACCUGGAUCUGGCCCGACAACGUCAUCGUGAACCAGCUGUUUGGCGGUUACAGCGGCUACGGACUGUUCCCCAUCACCUUGGAUUGGAGUAUUGUCUCCGGCUAUGUCAACUCUCCGCUCAUUCCGCCGUUCCAUGCCAUCGGCAACGUGAUAGGAGGCGUCACCCUCUUCCUCGUCAUCGUCUCCAUCGGCAUCCAGUACUCGGGGAUUUGGUACUCCCAACACCUGCCCGUCCAAAACUCGCACGCGUACGAUAACACGGGCCACCUGUACAACGUUUCGGCCAUCUUGAACGAGCAUCUCCGGUUCGACGAGGCCAAGUACAAGGCGUACUCGCCUCUGUACCUCCCGACCCAGUUCGCGCUCGCCUACGGCCUCUCGUUCGCCGCCGUCGCCGCCGUCAUCACCCACGUCGCGCUCUACCACGGGCGCGAGAUCUGGACCCAGUGGAAGCUGGCGCGGUCGCAGGAGGACGACGUGCAUAUGCGGCUGAUGAAGAAGUACCGCGACGCCGAGGACUGGUGGUACACGGUCUUGUUCGUCAUCAUGAUCGGCCUCUCGUUCGCCGUCGUGUGCGCCUGGGACACCGAGUUCCCGUGGUGGGCGUACGUGGUCUGCAUCCUCAUCCCGCUGGUCUGGACGGUGCCGAUCGGCAUCGUGCAGGCCGUCACCAACAUCCAGCUGGGGCUCAACGUGGUGACCGAGUACAUCGUCGGCUACAUGAUCCCCGGGCGCCCGCUCGCCGUCAUGAUGUUCAAGAACUACGGCUACCUGUGCAUGGCGCAGGCGCUCUACUUCAUCCAGGACCUCAAGCUCGGCCACUACAUGAAGGUGCCGCCCCGCGUCAUGUUCUGGUCCCAACUGAUCGCCUCCAUCUGGUCGGCCGUCGUCCAGGUGGCCGUCAUGAACUGGGCGCUCUCCGCCAUCCCGGACGUGUGCGACGAGAACCAGGCCCACCAGUGGAGCUGCCCGAACGCCCGCGUCUUCUACACCGCCUCCAUCAUCUGGGGCGCCAUCGGCCCCGCCCGCAUGUUCUCGGGCGACGCCCUCUACAGCUCGCUGCAGUGGUUCUGGCUCGUCGGCGCCAUCGCCCCCGUGCUCACCUGGUUCCUGGCCCGCCGCUACCCGCGCGGCAUCUGGCGCUACGUCAACAUGCCGCUCAUCUUCGGCGGCUCGGGCAUGCUGCCGCCCGCCACCGUCUUCAUCUACUACUGCUGGGGCAUCGUCGGCACCGUCUUCAACUUUUUCGUGCGCCGUCGCUGGAAGGGCUGGUGGCUGCAGUACAACUACGUCACCUCGGCCGCCCUCGACUGCGGCCUCAUCGUCUCCACCCUCGUCAUCUUCUUCGCCCUCUACCUCAGCGGCACCCAGGCGCCCCAGUGGUUCGGCAACACGAGCACCCUCAAGACCCUCGACAUGCUCACCCUGGCUGUCCAGAGCCCCGUGCCGCCGGGCGAGACCUUCGGGCCGAGCACGUGGCCUUGAUGAUGAUGGGACGGGUUGUGGCCCGGUGAUGGUUGAAGGUAAUGGUGGCUCUGAUGGGGAGGGAGUUGGGGUGCGUGGGGGUUA